AUGCAGCAACGCGCGCUCAUCGCUCUCAUCACCCUGCUCGCAGCAGCAGUCAACAGCGCCCCCGUUAACGCUGUGCCGGGCGUUGGCGCACUAGCUGCCCGUGCCGCUCCCUCUCACGUAUCCGGCGUCACCGCCGGCCACUCCGGCAUCAAGGGCGGGUCGAAGAAGGAGCACAACUCGGCCGAGGGCGCGCAUCAAGCCAGCCAGACCGGGCACAAGGCCGGGGGCGCGGGUCAUGUGGGUGGACAGGCCGGCCAGCACGCCGUCGAGGGUAGCCACGUGGCGGGCCAGGCCGGACAGAAGACGCACGACGAGGGUCAGUUCAAGAGCAACGACGAGGAGACGGCAGGCAUACAAGGGCACAGGGCCGGCAUGCAGGACCACAAGGCGGCGCACGAGGAGCACCAGGCGUACGAGCACGGCAGCGAGGGCAGCCAGGCGAGCAACUACGGCGCGGACCGCAGCGCGUCGAAGAAGGGCGUCGCGCACAACAACAAGAACGGCGCCGACAGCGCCGACCGCGCCUCCCUCGACAUGGCCGACGGCUUCCAGGCCGGGUUCCAAGGGUCCAAGUCCGGAUACGACGGGGACAUCGCCGGCUACGAGGGCUCCAAGCACGGGAAGCAGGGGUACCACUCGGGGACCCAGGGUUCCACGCACGGAUUCGAGGGCUCGCAGGCCGCUGCCGAAGGAUCCAAGAUCGCGGGCGAGGGUUCCCGGUUUGGUUUCGAGGGUACUAAGGGCGCUUCCGAGUCCUCUAGGGUUAAGAAGGAGGGUGCCAAGGAAGAGAGCAGUCUCUCUGGCCUUCUCGGAGGAUUCAGCGGCUUGGGUGCUGGCCGCUAA